AUGCCAGAAAAGCAAGAUAUGCCUUUUGCUCAAGAUACACGCUAUCUACUGCCAUCACUACUCUUUUAUCAUAUAUCCACUGCUGGCACUGAGCAAUGUCGACACCAUUUUCUUACAGUUACUCGCUCGCGCGAGGCAAAACUGACACUGCAAUCGGCAGUUGUUCCUGCACCAAAUACUCCCAUAACAGAACUUUCCUACAAGUCAUCUCAUCAAGAUCAGGGCGAAAUGAUGUCAAGGGUAAACACAUACGGACUGGCGGGAAAGGAUACUCUGGCAGUUGAUGAUGCCUCGCCUACAUUUAUUUGCAAGCACUGUAGUGUGCAUCUGUUUAUUUCACGUUCAACCGCACCUUCUAAAUCCAUAACUGGCUCGCCCAUUUCAUCACCACCCUCUGGAGUUUAUUCUUAUCUCCAUUCACCAAUGACUACACCUCGAAGUGAUAUGUUGGCAUUGGAUUAUCAAAUGGAAUCGAGCAGUAACACGCAUUCGCUUCGAUCAACUGGACUGCCGCCAUCACACGAAACAAACUCUUUUGCUUCUCAGUCCUCCUCAGUUUGUCCAUUGGAUCUACUUUGUACAACUGCGGUUGCCGUAAAUAGCUCAAGCAACCCCCAAAACAAGACUACUUAUGAUCCCAAUGCAUCCAAUAACUGCAUUAACAAGUCAAUCGCAGGAUCGAUGCCACAUUCAAUAUCAGAUUCCACCAUUGCAGAAACAGCACUGUGCGAUGAUUUGUGUAAAUCUCCCAACUCCAACAUAAUCAGUCAAGAAUUGGAUUCAGUGCAGCCUGUCAAUACUGUCAACUGA